UAUUAUAUACCCUCAUUAGAAAACAAUGUGCAAACACAUUCUCAACGCACAGGUUGCUAUUAGAGCACAAUGCUGCCGUCGAUGGUUUGAUUGUUCAGAAUGUCAUGCCGAAGUAUCUGAUCAUCCAUUACGCAAAACAGACGAGAUGGUGUUUGCUUGCAAAAAAUGCAAAAAGGCUUUUCGGAAAGACAUGAGAGAUUACGAAGAUGAGGACGAAUAUUGCCCUCACUGUGAUAAUCAUUAUGUUCUCGAUGCUGUGACACCUGAACCUCAAGUUGGCAUUGAAACUGGUGAUCUGCGUAUUGACAGCAGAGUUGUCAAGGAUGAUCGAACCAAGUUGAAGCAAGAUCCAAAGAGCAUGUUUGAUCUUGAUGUAUCCGAAAUGAUGGGAUAAAAAACCAUAGUCCCAAACCGUGUGAACGAAAUAAAACCAUUGCAAGAGAAAGAGACACUUGAAAAAGCGGGGAAAAAACGAAUUGCAGGAGAAGAAACAAACAAAACAAAAAGAGG